AUGGCCGCGGCAGGCGCGAGGGCGCAAAAGCCCGUGGGCUCGGCACCAUGGAUCGCCGCAGAGAAGGAGAACAUGGCCGAACUCGUGGAACAAGAGAUGGAAGAGGUGGAAUAUCCAGUCCGACAUGAAAUGGACUGGUUGAACGAACAUAUGACCGAGAUCUUCUCCAAGGGUCAAGCAAACUUUGCGGAUGUGUUUAAGACCCCCGGAAAGAUGAGAGGCAAAACUCCUCGAACCGCACGGAAACGCGCUCCAGAAGAGUCUCGGGUGCCCUUGAGCGAGAUCUUUUCAUCUGCCCAGAAACAAUUAGAGAACCAAGCAAGCCCCAGUCCCUUCAUUCAUCGUGUGGUAUCCAAAACCACCGCGCCCACAUCGGCUGUGCCCCGCACAAAGAACGCGACGGAACGGGUGUCGCAACCACAGUACCCAGAUCUCAGCCAGAACCUCAACUCUUUCCCUAAAUACAACACAGACUCGGGAUAUCAUGGUAUGCCAGAUGAUGACGAAAUGGUAUUGCCAGACGUGCAACCAGAAUCACAGGCCUCUACUCAGCCCAUGGAGACCGACGAGCCUAUGGGCUCUGACACUCAGGAGGUUGAUACGUCGCUUGCUCAGCAAAAUACAGAAGACUCUUUCCACUCCGCGCAAGAGGAUGUCCGCUCCAGAGGGCAGACCGUCGAGCCGCCCAACGACCCAACACCAACUCAGAAGCGAACAACGCGCCCGGUCGAACCGCGUCUGAAGGAAUCUAGUGCAGAAAUCACAUCAACUCCGACUAAAACCACCAAAUCACAGACCACAGUGCAGAUUGCGGACAAGCAAGAGAGACAGUCUCAAGAGAAGGAACCAGAACCAAAGCAAGUCGAUGAGCCGGUCUCAAAACCGUCGUCUUCACCGGAGAAGGCUCCAGCGGCUAAGACAAUCAAACCCGAAGAAUCUCAAAAAUUGGAUGAAGCAAUGGAGGAUACUACAAAGGAAGACACAGUUCUUGAUAAUCUUGAUGAUAUCGGUUCUCCCUCGGAUGGUUCUACUCCUGAGAGGCCCCUUGUGCGAAAGAGUAGCCUGAGCUUCGCCUCGCUCCCUGCGCGGGAACCGCUAUCAAAGUCCUUGGGAGGCUCGCGUCUCUCUCGGACAAGCCAUGUUGACCCAGCAAAGAUGAACACUGCCGGACGUCCUAGCUACUUUGGCCGACAGACUGGUGGUCACAGGGUGACCCAAACUGCUGCAGAUAACAAUACCGAUUCCGGGGCUUUGGACAAUGACAACGACAAACAAUCAAGUGAUGGUCCGGAUCCUGAACAAGCUACCAGGAUGCACAGCAAAAAGUCCACUCAGACCCUACAUGAGAGGAUCAGCAUGCUGGGCAAACUCCAGCCAGCCCGGCCACGGAAAUCAAUUCCAUCCGCUUCUACAGCGGCAACUGGGCAAGUGCCCUAUCCCGAACUUCCAGCCUCCAAGUCUGAAGCAAAGCCCGAAGCCUCUAGCCAGAAGACCGAGGCACCAGCCCCAGAGUCUCAGUCGAAUGAUGAUGAGUGGAUCAAGCCAUUGAGUUCUCCCCAACGGCUGGAGCUUUCUAAGAGCAAGACCAUGGACAUCAUGGAAAAGCUCUCCGAUCUCGAUAAAGAUCGUACAGCGAGUAAAAAGGAACAAUCCACAACAGAGCCAGAAAGACCCAAAUCAUCUACCUCGUUAUUCUCAUCUCCACGACCUGUUGGCCACCAACCAAGCGCUUCUCUGUCUCAUAUUUCUGCUGAUAUGUCUACCACUCCGACGGGCUCUCCCAGACGCUAUGACGGCCCCAUCAGUGCUUCGAAACUGAGACUGCAGUCGAUCAUGAAAUCCGCGAAAGGCCUAUUUUCGAGCACUGGAAACACACCCAGAAUGGAAAGCUCGUCGCCUGAGCAGCAUCGUGUCAAGCGAACUGCUGAGAUUGCAGAUGGUAACGACCGAACUGCAUCUCAGCCAAUCAAGAUUACCAGUCCUCCUCGUCAGGAAGGUCGCCGAACGCGAAGCUCUACCGAGAAAGAAGAGAAGCGUCGACAGCAUGAGCGUGAGGAACGGGAGGAACAGGAACGGGAAGAACAACAGCGGGAGGAACAACAGCGGGAAGAGGCCCGUCUCGAGAACCGCUCAAGACAAAUCCUCGAUGGAGCCAGAAGAGAAGGCCGCACCAAAGACUUCUCAAUCGCAGCGACAGCAAUCUCGGGAACCUGA